AUGGGUUCCAAAAGCUCUUCCCUCCUCUAUUUGGCUCUUUUGCUUGCAUUCUCUUCUGCCAUUCAUGCCUUCGACAUCACAAAACUGCUAGGCCAAUACCCAGAGUAUUCCACCUUCAACAAAUACCUCACCGAAACCAAGCUAGCAGAUGACAUCAACAAACGCAACACCAUCACCGUCCUCGUCGUCGACAACGCCGGCCUCUCCUCCAUCUCCGGCAAGUCCUCACAAGCCAUCAAGGCCAUCAUCAGCACUAAUGUUGUCCUUGACUAUUUUGAUGAGAAGAAGCUGAUGGAAGCUCUAGGUAGCAACGAACAACUGACCACCCUUUACCAAGCUUCAGGCCUCGCCACUAACCAGCAAGGCUUCCUUAAGGUUGCACAAGUUGGCGAGGGCAAUCUCGCUUUCGGCUCUGCCGCAAGCGGUGCCCCUGCCGACGCUGAGCUCGUGAAAACCGUCACCAGUGAACCUUUCAACAUCUCCAUUCUCCAAGUCACCAAACCCAUCAUUGCCCCUGGCGUUGAUACCCCAGUGCCAUCAUCAUCUGAGGCCAAGGCACCAGCUUCGGCACAGAGUGCAAAGUCCCCUGUGCCAGCAAAGAGUGCCGAGGCACCAACUCCUUCGGAGACCACCCCAGCGUCUUCACCUAGUGAAAGCGUUGUGGCCGAUUCUCCGACUGAAGCUGCCGAAGCCCCAGAAACCACAGUACCAGGCCCAACCGUGUCUGAGGCUCCUGCCUUGGCUCCAGGCCCGGUAGGUGAUGAGGCUGCUGCAGAUACUCCAGCUUCUGGAAGCUCUUCAUUCACUAAGAUGGGUUUGGUUGGAGCAGUGAUGGGCUUCGCUUCCCUCUUGUUCGUUUUGUAA